AUGAUUGCACAAAUGACGAACCUGGCGUCUCCUGUUGAGGAGCAGGAGAAGCUUCUGGAAGAAGCUUGGAAUGUGGUUAAAGUGCAGGCAUUUCAAAUGAAGAGAUGUCUGGACAAAUCCAAGUUAAUGGAUGCUCUCAAGCAUGCAUCUACCAUGCUAGGAGAGUUAAGAACAUCACUACUCUCUCCUAAAAGUUACUAUGAGCUCUACAUGGCAAUAACAGACGAGCUCCGUCACCUCGAGUUGUAUCUUCUAGAAGAAUUCCAGAAGGGCCGUAAAGUCGCUGACUUGUAUGAGUUGGUGCAGUACGCUGGUAAUAUUGUACCUAGGCUGUACCUGUUGAUUACCGUCGGAUUGGUCUACAUUAAGACCAGUACUAACCUUAGAAGAGAUCUGUUGAAGGAUUUGGUGGAGAUGUGCCGUGGAGUGCAGCAUCCGCUGCGCGGUCUAUUCCUACGGAAUUAUCUGCUUCAGUGCACGAGGAACAUCCUACCUGAUAUAGCCGAAGCUCAAAACGAGAGCGAAGGCACUGUCCGUGAUGCAAUCGACUUCGUCCUAAUGAAUUUCGCUGAAAUGAACAAACUUUGGGUGAGAAUGCAACAUCAAGGCCACUCAAGGGAUAAAGAGCGCCGGGAACGCGAACGUUCCGAGCUGCGUAUCUUGGUUGGCACGAACCUGGUGCGCCUCUCCCAGCUGGAGUCGGUCACAGUGGAUGAUUACCGUCGGCUGGUGCUGCCGGGCAUCCUGGAGCAGGUGGUCAGCUGCAGGGACGCGAUAGCUCAGGAGUAUCUCAUGGAGUGUAUCAUACAGGUCUUUCCAGAUGAAUUCCAUUUGGCGAAUCUGCAGCCUUUUUUGAAGUCUUGCGCUGAGCUUCAGCCGGGCGUGAACAUCAAGAAUAUCAUCAUCGCACUUAUUGAGAGAUUAGCUGCUUAUAGCCAGAGAAAUGAGGGCAACAUAAACCUCAGUGUGGUGAUGGAGGAUGGUAAGGAACAGGAGGUGCAGCUGUUCGAAGUGUUCUCAGACCAAGUGGCAGCUAUCACUCAGACCCGCGUGGAUAUGCCGUCAGAGGAUAUGCUCAGUCUGCAGUUGGCAUUGCUCAAGUUGGCACAGCGCUGUCACCCAGAUAAACUCGGUUAUGUGGACAGAGUGUUAGCGCAUACAGAUAAAAUAUGCGUAGACAUACACCAGAAUAGCGGCAAAACGCAUCUAGAAAACAGCAUGCCAGUUUUUAAAGAGCUGAUGAAGAUACUAAAGCUACCAGCUGACCACUACAAGAAUAUCCUGACGCUGAUCAAGCUGCAGAACUACUCGCCUCUUAUCAAACACCUGAACUACACCGGCAGGAUCAUGAUAGCUGUGCACCUGAUCAAUGAUGUACUGGAGACUGAUACCUUGAUAUCCACACCGGAAGAUGUGAAGGCAGUGCUGUCCAUGUUGGAUGUACUGGUCAAGGAUCAACCUGAUCAGCCAACUACGGAGCCCGAUGUGGAAGACUUCAUGGAGGAGCAGGGGUUACUGGCCAGAUUAAUCCACCACCUCAAGUCGGAGUCAGCGGACCAGCAGUAUUUGAUACUGAGUGCAGCUCGCAAGGCUCUGCAAGGAGGCGGAGCUCGACGUAUACAACAUACCUUCCCACCGAUACUGUUCCAUGCGUACCGCCUCGCAUUUGUGUACAAAGAUCUUAAGGAUCAGGACGACAUGUGGGAGAAAAAAUGCCAGAAAAUUUUCCAGUUCUGUCACCAGACCAUCAGCACACUGGUGAAAGCGGAGCUAGCUGAGUUGCCGUUAAGAUUGUAUCUACAAGGUGCCCUAGCUAUAGGCGAGAUUGGAUUCGCCAAUCACGAGACAAUAGCGUACGAAUAUUUAUCACAAGCGUUCUCUCUAUACGAAGACGAGAUAUCCGACAGCAAAGCACAGUUGGCUGCCAUAACUCUCAUCAUAGCGACAUUCGAGCAAAUUAACUGCUUCGGUGCAGAAAAUGCAGAACCGAUGCGUACUCAAUGCGCGCUCGCUGCCAGCAAACUUCUAAAGAAGCCGGACCAAAGCCGCGCGGUUGCUUUAUGCGCUCAUCUCUUCUGGAAGGGCCCUAAGGAUGGGCAGCAAUGGUCGUUAAACGAGCCGUCCCGCGCUCUCGACUGCCUGAAGAAGGCUGCGCGUGUGGCGCAGCAGUGCAUGGACGGCGGCGUGCAGGCGCAGCUGCUGGCCGAGCUGCUCGGACGGUACGCGCUGCUGAGAGAACGCGGCAACCAAGCCCUCACCACCAACCUCAUCGACGCGGUAAUACAGAAGAUUCGAGAAGAGCUUGCGAACCUCGACCAAUCCGAGGAGGUGGAACAGAUCACCAAGCAUUUCCACAACACGCUGCAGCAUCUCAAGAACAGAAUGGAGUGUCCCGACCCAGACGGGCUCGGCUACGAAGGCCUAGUACUCUCUUAGAAGUAAAUUAAUAUUUAUUUAUUCCUCAAGUUUUAUUAUUAUAUUUCUUUAUUACUGACUAAUGAAAAUAAGCCAUGACUAUUUGUCAUCUAGAAAGGAACUUCUGUAUUCGCCUAUAAUAUUCAGUCCACAUAUUACUUCUAAGCAGAACUUUCAAUUAUACAUAAUAUACAUAGAAAACACCCAGACCGAUACAAACAACCAUACUGAUGAAUACAAACGUUUGCACCGUGCAAGGAAUCAAACCGACCAUCGCAAAUAAAGCCUGCUACACCACGAGGCCGUCACUUAGUUUAAAUAAUCGUUUUCUACACACUUGCUCGUAAAGUUUAUGUAAUUUCACCGGUUUUCGAUAUAAAAAGCAGGUCAUAAAACACGCGUGCGUUAAAAACGCAAAUAGUGAAGUUAUAUACCAUAAUCGCAUUAUUUGUUAUUAUUUUAAAUCAAAUUUCGAAUUGACUGCGAAAACAGUCAGUAGGCAACGCACAGAUUUUUUUCAAAAGUGAAAUGACUGGAAAGCAACAGUUUGUAUCACAGUAUUAUGGUUAUUUAAUCAAGUGUGUUAAAAAACGUCGUACGUUAUAUGUGCGUAUUUAACACUCUAAAACGUUCUAUUACGUUCUCGUCUUCGGUGCGGGUUGAAAUUCCAUCCAGUAACCAUCAUAACGCACACUUAUAUCGUAGUAUACUAUUAUAACAGUAUUAUAUAAUCGAAGCUACUAGUUUCCUUGCUAUCAAUAUGUGAACUAAUUAAUAUAGAGGCAUAAUACCUUAGUUAUUUAGGAAUGGACAAAGCCUUAGCGACAUCAAUAUUACAAUACACUGAGAUCGCCAUUUUAAACUUAUAGUUAUAAAUUUUUCUUUUUAAAAACACAUGGUAAUGGAAGACAUAAUCAUAUAGAAGAGUGUGAUGUAUCUAACAUAUGAUUUGCAAUGCUUACUAGGUCCCAACACAGUUAUUGUAAUCAAAUUGUGUUUUUUAAAGAAAUAAACAUGUUUUAAUUUUUUUUUAAGUAUAUUCUGAGAAAGCUCUCUGCCCUCUUUAUUAGUAGACUAGGCUGUACGGUCUAAGAGCCUUUGCCUGUCCAUCAGUGAAAAGGAGAUGAACGAAUAUGAAAAAAAAAACUAUGCUUUUUUUUGUUCUUCAUAGAUAAUACAUGACAAGUAAGCAAGUCA